UGACCUUUAAUCCCUCCGGCUGCUCCCCUCCGAGAGAGGAAAAAAGCAUAAUAAUGAUGGGAGCAUCGUUAUAAUUAGCGUAAUAAUUGUGGGGUGAGAGAGAAAUAAAUAAAAUAUUUACAAAUAGCCCCAGCGGGGGGGUCAAAGGUCAGGCGGGUUUUGGCGGGAGAGCGCGGCUUCGUUCCCCCGGCCCUUCGCUCCCGCCUCAGCAGUGCGCAGACUCACCCCUGCGGCGUCUCCUGCUGGUCUCUCAGGGAAUUAGCUCAAUCCAGCCUCCGGCGCACCCUCUGCAGGCCGGUGAUCCGCCUUGCCGCUUCGGGCCCCCGUGUCCUUCCCAGGACCCCGGUGCCCUUAUCGUGGGUGCUGCCACCCUGGAGACGCUGACGGACCAGAUGGAGUGAGAGUGUGUUUCCGGGAAACCCAGAGGAACCUUGGAGCAGGCAGCUGGGAGUUUUCUGAAGAAUCAGAAAUGGCUCCAGUUAAAAUCAACCAUGUGGUGUCCUUCACCUCUCAGGACCCCAGGUAUCCAGUAGAGAAUCUGCUGCGCGACGAUGGCAUUCACCCUUGGCUGAGCUGCCCCCAGGAUCGGAGCAGGCAGCUGAAAGUGGAGCUGCAGCUGGAACGGGCGAGUCCUAUUGGCUACAUAGACGUAGGGAACUGCGGCUGUGCCUUCCUCCAGGUGGAUGUGGGGCGCUCCUCCUGGCCGCUGGACCAGCCCUAUGUUACCCUGGUGCCCAGCGCUACGCUGAUGACGCCGGCUGACUCGAAGCUGGACAGGAACCGCUCCGGGGUCCGGAUGUUUAAAGAGGGGGAUUUCCUGGCGGCAGCACUGGGCGAGAAGUGGGAUCGCGUGAGGAUCACCUGCAGCCAGCCCUUCAACAAGCAGGUCCAAUUUGGCCUCUCCUUCAUCCACAUCCGCACCCCGUUGGACCCCGAUCACAGCCAGGCGACUCCAGUUCCGCCCCAGACGGGUCUCGAGCCUGCAGCCAGCCCCUGGCUCGCCAGCCCCGCCUUUCGCAGGACGUUUUUCCCGGAGGUGCAGCCGAGCAAGGGGGAGGAGGAGGAACUGAAGAGCCGAUUGCAGCUGCCGGAGCCCAGCUGUGGGCCUCAUCCCCGCAGCCCGACCUGUCUCAGCCGGACAGCCAGGAUGGUGCUGUCAGCGGCCCAGUCGCGCAGCCGCACUCUCCAGCCGGGCCCCAGCGCCACCUCUUUGGCCGCUGAGAGAUCGGGGAGCAGCCGGGGACAGCAGGGUGAAGAUGCAGCCGUGAACCGCCCUGUGCAGGAUGUCCAUGAUGCUCCACCCCUGAGGAGGGUCCGGGUGAAGCCAAGCAGGAGACGAAGAUCGCAAGGCACCGCAGGGAGGUCAAUGCCCAGGCCUGGUACCCAGGGAGGAAGAGCCAGGAGCUGGGGAGGAAGGCCUGGCAAGCUGGAUGAUGGUGGAGAGGCAGGCGGGGAGAUGGGCACAUGCCCCAUCUGUGCAGGCUGCUUCAGCACAGAUCUCCUUCCCGUUCACGCCUCCACCUGUGGGGAAGAUGGCUCCCUUCCAGACACCGCCUGGCCAUCCCCGCCACGGGAAGAUCCCCGGCGCGAGGAGCCCCCCGAGGCUUGGGUGCCGUGUCCCAUCUGUGAGUUCCGGUUCAGCACAGCAGAGGUGGAGAGGCAUGCCAGCACCUGUGGGGAGCAGGCAGGAACCCUGGAGACCCCCCACUCCUGGCUGUGGGUGGAAUAGGGCUGGCAGGGCCAAGCUGGGCCAUAGAGGCACUACGCUGGCACACGCCCCCUAUCGCCCCAUCAGCCCCGUAUUGAGGUAUCCCUGUGUCUGAGCCUUCGGGUCACUCUGCUCAGCUGGGUUGGAGCCUCCUUUGGACUACAGGGCCGUCGCCGUCAUGGUGACACUGGGACACAGGCCCCAUGCCAUGGGCAUCCUGGAAUGCGUUCAGCCCUGGGGCAAAUCCAUUGACUUCAGAAGGAUCACAGCAGGGAUGGUCUAAGAGCUUUACGGCACAGAACAAAACGAUGGUCCUGCCCCAAAUUGCUUACAACCUAAGCGUACGACAAGAGGCAACAGGCGGAGACAGACUAAAAGGGGAGCACAAGGAAACAAAGACUGUAUUAGCCAGCACAGCAGGCGGGGGUCUCAGCAUAUCAGUAGCCUGACCACUGUCAAGUUUUUUGUCAGCCUCACAGCAAAGGAGAGUUGAGGGGGGAUUGGAAGGAGGACAAUGAUGACUCAGCCAGAGCCAGGCAGACGGACACAUUCACAUACACCUGUGAUGCAGGGAUGGACUGUUUGCAGUGUUGGUGGAGCUAUGUAGGUCCCAUAGAGAGACAAGGUGCGGGAGGAGCUACCUUUUAUAGGACCAACGUCUGGUUGGUCAGAGAGACAGGCUUUCGAGCCCCACAGAGUUCUUCUUCAGGUCUGGGAAAGGCACUUUGAGUGUCACAGCUAAAUACAAGGUGCGACAGGUUGUUAAGCAUAAGGAGUUAACACAUGUUGGAAGAGACCAUUCCAGGUGAAGUGGGCGGCUAACUCCUCUGCAGUCACAUGCCAAAGGAGUCUUCGCGGGUUAUGGAUUGUUGUAAUGAGCCAUAAAUCCAGUAUCUUUAUCAAAUCUGUAAUUUUUGGUGUCUAGCAAAGUUAAGAACAUAAG